CCAUUCUCCUCCGGCUCCCCUCUUGCCGCCGGCAUCCAGUUCACUCAUGACGCCCGGCGCCGGCGAGCCCCGCCGCGUCGUCCUCCUCCUCGAUCUCGACCCCCUCCUCCCGUCCCCAGGCUCUAGCGCCCCCGCCCCAGCCGCCUCGUCCUACCUCGCCGCCGUCCUGCCCGCCGCCACCUCCCUCCUCGCCGCCUCCCCGUCCCCGGCCUCCCUCUCCGCGGGGCGCCUCUUCUUCUCCUCGCUCUCCCCCAUCCUCUCCUCCUCCCUCCUCCCCAGGCCCCUCCCAGCCGCCCCCAACCCGCUCUCCUUCGAUCUCCACCCGACCACUCUCGCCGCCCUCGCCCCGCUCCGCCGCCUAGCCCUCCGAGCCCCCUCACACCCGCGCGUCCCCGCCUCCUCAUCCAUCGCCAAGUCGCUCCUCCAGCUCGAGCACGACUACUCCUGGGACCCCGACCCCCAGCGCACCCCCCGCCGUGGCUUCGAUCCGCCGCCCAAUUUGGUGGUCCUCUUCACGGCCGCCGCCGAAUUCGCCGAAUUCGGGGACGAUGCCGGCUACUUCGAGAAAUUUCGCAAGGUUUUCGGCCCUGCGAGGGACCGCCUUUCGGCGAAUGGCCUACAGGUGUGCUGGGUCGCCGUCGCUUCCGCCUGCGAGGGGAUCCGGAGGGCGGUCACCAAGUUGGGUUGGUGGUUCACGACCGCCGAUGCGGUCGCGUUGGGGUCGGCGGUCGCACCGCCGGCGCUCGUGUGGGGUGGUGUUGGACUUGGCGUUGCGGAAGCUGGACGGCGAGGGGAGCUGGUAUUGGAGAUCGCCGAUGUCGAGGGGAAGCCGCUGCUCUGCAAGGGCUGUGAGGUCGAGGUGGUUGGCUCUGCACGGUGGCAGGCCAGCGGCAAUGGCGUGUCUAGGAUACAUGUGAAGUCUGUGUGUGAGGUGGGGAAUUGGGAGCGGUUGAUGGGUGGGGAUGGUGAUUCUGCCAUGGUGCGUGGGUUGCUGAGAGAUGGGGGCAAAGGUGACGGCGAAGAACCUGUAGACAAGGAGUAUUUUCCAUAUCGGAUACUUGAAUUGGUCCUUGGUGACGAGAAGGAUCGGUUAGGGGGUGCCAAACCAAUUUGGCAGCUACUUCUGGUGUUCCUUAGUAGAAGGAACUAUUGCGCACUUGUCUCAGUUUCUGAUGGAGAUAGGAAGUGUUUGGAGGGUGUUAUGGUGCCUUUCUCGAUGAACUGUGCAUUACUUCAUUUCGCUAAGAAUAGCAGUGGUUUAGGCCAGGUUGCUGCAAAAGGCCCUGAAACAGCAGAUAGUUGUGUAUCUGAUGCUGCAAAGGUGCAGAGUGCGAGGAGGAAGAGAAGCAGGCUGGUUAAUAAGCUAAUUGAGGCCACCACCUGGAACACCUUUUGUGAUGUGCUGCUGAAACAUGCUGAUGGCAGCAUGCCCGUUGUGGACUUUGAGGACUUGUAUUUCAGCAGGUAUGGUGCCACAUCCAAAAAAUUGCGGUUUUUGAAAUGUUGGAUGAAACAAGUGAAACAGUCAUACCUUAAUACUCUACCGAGCCUACAUACAGAAAGAGAUAAUUAUCUUCCCUCAAAGGAUGAUUCAGAAGCAAGAGUUCUGGUUUCAGAAGAAGAUGCUUCAGCUGGCCGUGUCAAUUUCUCAGUGGACAAUGAAGAUAGCAAUAAAGUGGACACACCAUUGAACAAGUCAGAUUGCAAUAAAGUGGACAUACCAGUGGAUGAAACAGAUUGCAGUGGAGUGGACAGACCAGUGGGUGAAGAGAGUUCGAUGUUCACUUCUAUGGAGGAGUUAGAGGCAUUUCUUGGGAGUGUCCCUCAUAAGAUUGAGCAAGCUCUUUGUUCUGAAGAUGCUGAUCUGGGGACUUUAGCUGAACGCUUGGUUGGCUUAUCUGUCCAUGCGCUGUUGCUUAAGCAUGGAAAGAUUGCAGUGAGGUACAUUGAACGCAAGGAAGCAGAAGAUGCUUCUGGCACAAAAAUUACCUGUGAACUUUCCAAUAUUCUGUUGAGAAAACCCAAAGAACUGGUUUUGAAGUACAGAGGAAGAGAUUCAGCAUCUGUUGCAUCAGAACAAAACACAAAACACAGUACAUGUUACAAAAUUCGAGAACACGAGCUGCAGAUUUUGCUUAGAAUGGAAAUAAUCAAAUCUGAACUUGGAUCUGCUAUAGAGGAAGGUUCAAAACAGAAAAUGAUAAAAGAGAUCUGCUCGCUUUUGCAGUUUAUUGAUAUCAAUCUCCAAGGGGAUUCGUUUCAGUCUGACAGUAUUCUUGAGUAUGCUGAAAAGACCAUAAAGUCCAGGUACAUCAACUCCAUGGAGGGUGUGAUCAAGAAGAUCUACACACAGAUGGAGUUUGAUUUAUUCGACGACGAGGACGAAGUCGACUGUUCAGAUUCUAUACCCAGCAGCAGCAACCAGGAAGAUUGCAGGGUCGACAGGUGCCGCAGCCACUGGAACAGCGCCGGCGCCAGCACAAGCGCCUCCGCGCUCCAGCUGGUGCAGCGGGACGCUCGGAGCAGCCGCCAGCGCGACGACGACCGGCACGACGCGCUGAUGGUUAGAGCCCAGGAGCGGCGGGACCGCCAGAGGCGGCUCUCCUCGUUCACGAGCUGGGUGCCCGACCUGCGCCGCGUCUGGGCGCUCAAGCACCCCGGGAAGGAGCCGUCCGUGACCGUGCCGCGGUCCAGGUCGACGUCCAAGCGGAAGAAGCGGCGGCGGGCGGCCUGCACCGACGUGGUGUUCGAGACGCCGAUGACCGCCAAGAGGCUGGACAGCGGGUCGGAGUCGCCGCCGGAGUCCGACGGCGACGAGGGGGCGAGGGCCGCCGCGCUCGGGACGGUGUCCAAGACCUUGUUUGACGACGAGGAGAUUGAGACCGACGUGAGCUCGAGCAGCAUGUAACGGAACCUGUCCGGUUGUAUCGGUAUAUGAUUCAUCCCUAAGCAUUGCAGUUCCUGAACCAAUUGUUCAGUGCGGCACUGAAUGAAGUGAAAUCACCAUGACCAUCA